AAAAUUAUAAGUUUUAUUUAACAAUAUUCUUUAACAACUAUGUCAAUCGAUGCCAAGCGCGAUGAAUAUCGCAAAUACCUUGAAAGAACUGGAGCAAUGGACGCCCUUACUAAGGUCUUGGUCGCGCUAUACGAAGAAUCCGAAAAACCGGAAGACUCUGUGGGGUAUAUAAAAAGAAAUCUAGGUGGAUUUAGUGAGGAGGCAGAUCUUGUCGCACAGUUGGAAAAGGCCAAUGCAAGAAUAAAAGAAUUAGAAGAACAACUAGCAGGUGCAGGUGGAUCAACGCCGACUCCAAUAAUAACGGAACCAGAAGAAGCACCUGCGGAACAACCUGCUCCGGAACCAGAGCCGGAAGCUCCAGCAGAACCACCUGCGGAAGAAGCCCCUCCAGCAGAAUAGCUUAUUUAUACUUCAUAGAUCUGUAUCAUUCAUCUUAUUCAAAUAAACAUAUUUUGAUUUGACAUUUUUCGUAAUACAAACAUA